AUAUAGGUGACCCUAGUUGUUUUUGGUUUUGUGCUUGAUUAAUUUAAACGCUAGUUUUAUUUUGCAUUUGUUCAAACCUAAACCAUAAUUAUUUUGAAGCGUCCAUUCAUCCGCUAGGCGACAUCCACGUCCUUUCAGACUCCAACUCCCUCGUCGACGACAACCAACCUAGCCCUCGCCACAAUAGGUUGGGACCCAUGCCUGCCUAUGCCAAACAGUCAACUAGACAACCACCCGCGUCAGCGACUAGCCAACUCGAACUCUAUCGACUAAUAUUGCUGGAGAAAAGUGCUCAACGUGCAUUAAACAAGCAUCGGAACCAAGCACCAAGCUAGUGUCAUCGUCCCCACGAAGCUCCAACUCGGCAGGUCCGACUCCAUAAAGGUUUAGCAAGGCACCCUCGAACGUGCUUGAUGACACUAACUACGAAAACCUGGCUGCGACGCAACUCCGCUCGAAGUUGCCAUUGUUGCUGAACAAGAAGCACACUGCUCUAAUACAUACUCGUCGCCCUAGCAUCCUCAUGGCGAAAGAACCCGCCAACCAAGGCAAGCAUUAUUGUAGCCACCGCUCCUUCUAGGAUAAUGAGAACACAUGUUCCCUUAGAGCCUAAGAGAGAAGGGUAGAGGCCCUUGAAUCACGACGCCUCCAAGAAGGUAGUAGUGGCCGUUGGCAUUUUCAUUGUUGGCUUCUACCGAGCCGGAGCAAGGCUUUUGCCUCACGAAGCGCGCCCUCCUCUUGAAUCGGCCGACGAAGCUCAACAUUCACCUCGAACCCCAGCUACUAGUGUACCAUGCACCUCUCCCGCAUCAUCUGUGCCCCAUAGUCGUCGAAGUGCCCACAUUGGCACCCGCAACACACACGAAUUUGUCGGUGUUGAGCACCCCAAGAUCACAAUACUCAAGUGGUCGACAAACAACCUCUCAGUUGACCUUGCACUUUGCAUCGGUUGUCUUAUCAGCGGUGGACCAAAGGAACACCCACUUGAUCUUAUUUUGAUUGUGGAGGGUGCUUUGGGAAUCACAAGUGGUGUGAUGGAAUAAACAGUUUGGGAGGUGAUUACAAACUUGACAAGCACCGUAGGCCCAAUGAUGAUGAUGUUUUGGCCCUCUUAGGUGACCAAUUAAGAUCACUUGGGGUAAGUCCAAUGACGGUCAUGACUUUUAAGUUUUAAUCAAAAAAGGAAAGUGUUGUCGUGUUUUUGGUGGUUGUUUGGUGAAGAGUGAAACCGAUACGAGAUCAGCCUUGACGAGCCAAGACUUAGGAGAUAGAAGUAGUGUAGGCUGCCCUCAGGGUGUCGAUAAACUGGGUGGACGUCAUUGUCAGUGUCUGGUUAGUUUUGCGUGACCCAACCAGCUCUUCAAACAACUCCUACCGACGUCACUCAUAUCCAGUCUGUAUAUAUGGGCGACACGGAGCGUUUUGGACACGCCAGCCACGUCAGCCUGACACACAUGGACCCCACUCCCUCCCUACUAAAAAUCCCCACUCGAACCAAACCCUAGCUUCACUCUCUGCUCUGCCUCUCGUCGCUUCCCUUACCCUCUCGACCCGCUCCUCUCUCGAUGUUGAGCUUAGCGGCGGCAACACCGGAUUGGACAUCGAGGACGAUCCCAUUGACUGGGAUGCCUUCGUUCGUGAGGUGGAGGCACACGACGUAGUGCAGCUUGCCCUGUGCAUCGCUCUGAAGCGGCGGCGGGUCGACACGUGUGGUUGCUUAGGCUUAGCUUUGUCACGUGUCCCGUCAUCGUAGCGCCGACAUCGUCCCGUUGCGCACGGCACGCAGCUCCACGUGCUCCAUUAUGUUGUCCUGAUGCCUUCCAACUCCUUUAGCGGCUGUCCGAAUCGGAGGCGUGUGUCGCUUGUCGCAUCUUCCUCUCGGUGGCUCAAAAGAUCAAAACUAAUUUUAUGGUUAGUUUAGAUUUUUUGAUAAAGAGAUUAAUUUGGACGACUCUAAAUAAAAUAUUUGCUUCACUUUUUCCUCCUCGGUUCGAAAAUAACUGAAGUUCUACGCUUGAUCUAACUCAAAUUUGGUUAGGUUUGACCAAAUUUAUGUAAAAAUACAAUAACAUCUACUCGUAGUAGAACACCAGUACAAAAAAAAAAGUACUAUGUUUAUUUGAUAUUGCAGACCUUAUCACACUUUUUAAAUAAAUUUGAUCAAACAUACUACAAAUUUAAAACUUUAAUUAUUUUGAAACAGAGGGAGCAGGAAGAAAAUUAUGCCAGAACACACGACCAGCCUGAAGUAUUUUGUUUUUUUGAGAGAGAACCAACGAAGACUCGACGCGGUCCGUAAUCUGUUUUUUUUUUUUUUGACGCGACGCAAUGGCGAUACGACUCGACCAAACCUCGCUGCGUCGGUCGGACCGGAAGGAACAGCUGGCGUCGAUCGGUCGGUCCGUAGUCUGUACGCUACCAUAUACGUAGCGCGCACGCUACAGUAUACGGCGUAGAAUACCUAGGGCAGAUCGCAAGAUUUCUCGCGUAGAAUACCUAGCAUUUUCCUCCCAAAACCAAUCGCAAGAUUUUUCGCGCGAACUCGAAUCUCCAGCUCUCCGCUCCGAUCGCCCCGCCGCCAUGGCGCAUCACCCACGCCGCAGCUGCCUGCGCCGUGUCUUGACCAUCGCCGGCGGUGUGUCAACCGGCCUCAUCCUGCUCGCCGGCGGCCAUACCUACGCCCACGGCCAGCUCUUCUCGCCGUCCUUGUUGCCCCACGGCCUCGGCGGCGGCGCCGACUGCUCGCCCUCCUUCGCCCCGCCGCCCUUCGCCCCGCCACCCUUCGCCCUCUCGCCGCUGCCGCCCUACCUCCUAUCGGAGGCCGAGGCCUCGCCCCCGCAGCCGGAAGCCAGCCUCCCGCGCCGCCUUCUGCCCGUUCGCCGCUCGCCGCCGCCGCCCUGCCUCCCCGCGAACUCGGGGUCGGAGGCCGACCGCUCGCCGCCGCAGCACGACGACGCGGAUGCCGUCUUGCUCCCGGACGGGGAGGUCCUUCUCCUGGCUGACGCUGAGCCUGGCGCCAAGGCGACGUGCGCCUUCCAGGGUGGGGCGUCGUCCCCGGCGAGCACGCUCGGGAGGCUGCCGGGGUCGGGCCGCCACGCGUACGUAUGCCUAAUGCCAGAACCUGCCCGGAGCCUCCAGCUGCUCCAAGCGCCCCUGCUGCUCCCCGCCUCCGCUUCCUCUGCUGAUUGCCCUGACCGCACGUCGUUGCUGAAUUGGAGCGACCGGAUCGCCUUCACCUCUGUAACUCUCGACAGCGGCGAUGUCCUCGUCUUUGCAAAGGGCGUCAACCAUGCUGCUGGCGCAGUCCGGUGCGUCUAUCGCCACUGCGGCGACGCCCAUGGCGUGGCGGCAUCCUUCCCUGCCAUCACCUCCGUACAGCAGGUUACCAGGUGCCCUGCUCCACCCAUGCUUCUGAACUCCAGGAAAACAGAGUUCCGUGUCACGGUGGCAGCCACCGGCGAAGAUCCGAUCCCCUCUAUUGCGACUUAUCGUCCACAGCAGAGUGAAAGUGGCUUGGUGGUGACACCGGCCCGAAAGAACCUGAUUUGCGCUUGCACUAUGGUUCACAACGUGUCUAAGUUUCUUCGCGAAUGGGUGCUGUAUCAUGCCGCUGUCGGGGUAGACCACUUCAUCCUGUAUGACAACGGAAGUAAGGAUGAUUUUGCAGAACAAGUGGCCCACUUGAGGUCAGCCGGAAUCAGCAUCUCUACCUUGCCUUGGCCGUGGAUCAAAAUGCAGGAAGCCGGCUUCUCCCAUUCUGCUGCAACGCACCAGAGUUCUUGCAAGUGGGUGGCAUUUAUAGAUGUCGACGAAUUCAUUUUCUCGCCCAACUGGAAAGGAUCCGAGAAACCGUCAAAAUCAAUGCUUCAAGCUAUUGUUCCGGUUGAUCCAGACGUCGGGCAGGUGUAUCUGCCGUGCUUUGAUUUUGCCCCCUCUGGCCAAACAUCACACCCACAGGAGGGUGUCAUCCAAGGAUACACAUGCCGCCUGAAGAAGAUUCUCAGGCACAAAUCGCUGGUUCUUCUUGAUGCGGUGGACCAUUCUUUGGAGAACGCAAUUCACCACUUCACGCUCAAGGCUGGCUUCAGAAGCAUAUGGAACAUGCAGGCGCGUGUCAACCAUUAUAAAUACCAGGCAUGGAGUGAGUUCAAGUAUAAGUUCAAACGACGAGUAUCCGCCUACGUGGCUGACUGGAGAGAUCCGAUCAACCUUGAGUCUGCUGACCGGGCCCCCGGCUUAGGAGUUGAUGGUGUUGAACCGGUUGGUUGGGCACAAAGGUACUGUGAGGUCAAGGAUUACCUUCUUCAGGAAUUGAGUGCAAGAUGGUUUGGCACUGGACUAGGAAGUCCGGGAUCUCAGGAUACUUAGGCCUGGCUUUAUCUGUAACCUGCGGGUGUCUAGAAGGAUCUAGAGGCAUUAGAGAUGGAAUUGUAAUCUAGUUUAAACCUGUCUCCUUGCCUCCCAAGAUCAAUCUAGAAAACCGACCUGUACAUCGCUUGCCACGUUCGGCACCAAUAAAUAAACAUCAGGCGGCCUCCAAUGGAGCCCUUCAUCCACACCGCCACCGCCAUCUCUGAGAAUUCUUGUCCAGCACUGAAAAAUCCAUUCAUAAGGUUCAUAGGAUGGCAGAAUAAGUUUGCGGAAGGUAUGCUGUCCAUUUAUCCAGGAUUCCAUGGUCUGCAGUAAUAGUGGAAUCUGUCACUGGAAGUAUUAUCUAACUGAUAUAUUUCAGGUUUGGUAUCACUUAUGCUCUAGCACCAUCCCAUUGAGCCAUGAGAUCUGAACCAAUGAAUUCAGAUAACAUCUACCAUGUUUACGGAUCACUACAUUUCCUGUUGGAACAAUGCGAUAUCCCUUUUUCAGGAACCAUCUGAAAACGGGCUUCAUGCUUUUCUGAAUUAUUCAGCGGCACGCAUUACAUGCUCGCUGUUAGAUAUCAUCUCUGCUCUAGCCAGGAGAACUUUGACCAGGACAACAUUUUACAAAGGUUUGGUACUAAUUUCUCGAAAAAUCGUGCUUUUUGCAGCACCAUCCUGUUGUGCCAUGAGAUCUGAACCAAUGAAUUCAGAUAACAUCUACUAUGUUUACGGAUCACUACAUGUUCCAUUGGAACAAUGUUUGCUACUAAAUUCGCAAAAAAAAUCGUGCUUUUGCAUCACCAUCCUGUGGAACCACGAGACCUGAUCCAAUGAAUUUACUGAACGUUUUCUAUGUUUUA